UCAGCAACAAAAGAGUGCUUAGUAACGCAUUAAUUCAAAAAUUAUUGGAUCAACCAAGCACUUCCAAUGAUGCAAAGUCCAUUAAGGCUUUGCACGAUAAUGUAAAGGAAACAUUAUCAGCACUCAAUAACAUAAAUAUAGAGACAGCUGGAUGGGAUCCGAUUCUUCUAUGUGUUUUGACAAAAAAGUUAGAUCGUCAGACUCACACUUUGUAUGAACAAUCCAUACAAAGUACAAAGAAAUUACAGCCUUUGAGCGAAUUAAUGAAAUGUCUCGAACAAAGGUUCCUUACCUUGGAAGCCAUUGGAUGGGAAAAAACAAAGAAACCCAUCACAUGUGCCUCAGCAGGAACUGAAAGUCAGUAUGUCUGCAACUUUUGUGAAAAGCCAAAUCACGCUAUUUACAAAUGCACGCAGUUUUUAAAAAAAACUGUCGCAGAGCGGUUAAAUUGGGUUCAAAAGAACCAACUUUGCGUCAAAUGUUUCAAACGCGAUCACACUGCAAAGAAUUGCCAAAGAAGAGAUUGUGUUAAGUGCAAUAAAGGACACAACACUCUACUACAUUUGGAAAUCAAGUCUGAAGCCAAAACUGCAGCAUCAGCAAAUAGUAGUCAAAACACUUAUGUAUUACUAGCUACUGCUCUUGUUACAAUAAAAGGCAACAAUGGACAAAUGGGUGAAUUUAGAGCCCUACUUGAUUCAGGCUCUCAAGUCAAUGUGAUUUCUGAAAGAGCAUUGAAAAUAUUAGAUCUGAAAGUCACAAAAUCAGAACUACAAAUAAAUGGAAUUGGCGGACGAACACAAACGUCAAAAGCAAGAGUCAAUGUUAUGCUUACUUCACAAGAUAACAAGUUUAAUACAAGACUAGAAGCAAUAGUAUUGACACACAUAGUGGCAGAUCAACCAGCACAGUCAAUUGAUACGUCUCGUUGGAAGCUUCCGAAAAAUAUCACUUUGGCGGAUCCCAACUUUGACAAGACUGGAAGAAUAGACAUACUGUUGGGAGCAGAACAUUACUUCGAAAUCAUGCAAGACAAGCAUGUAUCAAUUGGAAAAGGAUUGCCCAGGCUACAGGAAACAAAACUAGGCUGGAUAGUGGCUGGCAAGUUAAGACAGGAGUCAAAGAGCCAAAGCACGUGUGCAGUUUUGACUGAGGAGGACAAGGUGGAUCAGCAAAUCUCCAAGUUUUGGGAAUUGGAUUCAUUCCCGAGCAACACACCAUGCUUAUCCCCUCUAGAGAAGCGAUGUGAGCAAUAUUUUGUUCAAAAUAUUCAAAUGGCAUGUGACAAGAAAUUCAUUGUCAGAAUCCCAUUUUUGGAAGAUGCUUCUUCCCUAGGGGAGAGCCGUGAUUUGGCUACACGUCGACUUUUUUGCCUGGAAAAACGACUGUCACGAGAUCCGGAAACCAAGGCAAGCUAUGUGCAAUUCAUGAAAGAAUAUGAGGCACUUGGGCAUAUGAAGGAAAUGCACACUAAGGAAAUAGCACGAUCACGUUAUUUUAUUCCACAUCACUGUGUGAUGAAACCUGACAGCUCUACAACAAAAUUGAGAGUUGUCUUUGAUGCUUCUGCUGUUACGUCGUCCGGCAAAUCACUCAACGAUUUGAUGCAUAAAGGUCCGACUGUGCAAAGUUCGAUAUUUUCAAUAUUGCUUCGAUUCCGGAUGCACAAAUAUGUAUUUACGGCAGACAUCGAAAAAAUGUAUCGUCAGAUCUGGGUCAAUCCUGAGGACCAGUACUAUCAAACAAUUGUAUGGCGAAAUGAUCCAUCAGAAGAUCUGAGAAAUUACAGACUCAAAACUGUAACAUACGGAGCUAAGGCAGCUCCAUAUUUAGCCACAAAAUGCCUACAAUAUCUUGCUCAAAAGGGCAAGAGAGAAUACCCGGCUGGAGCUGAUGCCGAAGGAAGACAUGAUUCCAAAUGUACAACUGGAGGAUACCACUUAUGAAGACUGCAGCGUGAAGACCCUGGGAAUAACGUGGAUGCCUAAAUCCGACCAUUUCUGUGGAAAAACGGAGAUUGCCACUAAGGAAACAAUAUCCAGAAGAGAUGUCGUAUCCGAAAUUUUUAGGAUCUUCGAUCCGCUUGGAUUGUUUUCACCCGUUGUUAUGAAAGCAAAAAUCUUUAUGCAGAAUCUCACAAAGGAAGGUUUUGACUACAAAGAAGCGCUUCCAGUUCAUCUCCAGGAGGAAUGGAAAAGAACAGGGAGGAGUUAAAAUUAUUAAACUCCAUACAAGUACCACGUCAUAUAUUCCAAGGACAAAUUCCGAUAUCAUCGGAGAUACAUACCUUUGUUGACGCAUCGGAGAAAGCAUUUGGAGCUGCAGUAUAUAUCCGAGCCAUACAUAAGGAUAAGCGGGCAACGAUUCAAUUGUUAUGUGCCAAAUCACAUUUAGCGCCCAUCAAUGCAUUAACAUUACCCCGUUUGGAACUAAAAGCGGCGGUGUUAGGUGCUCAAUUGACAGCAAAAGUAAAGGAAGAGUUAUCAAUGGAAGAUGCAUCAACCUUCUUUUGGUCUGACUCAAGGAUCGUAUUGUCAUGGAUUAACUGCUCGUCAUCCAUCCGAGACAAAUUCGUAGCUACAAGAAUAGCUACGAUUCAAGAAUUGACGAUACAAAGACAGUGGAGGCAUGUCUCAUCCGAAAAUAAUGCAGCAGAUGUACUCUCCAGAGGAAUGACGGCGACGACGUUCAUAAAACAUAGCAUGUGGUUUUAUGGACCACUGUUUUUACACGGCCCAACAUCUACAUGGCCACCACCAUUUGUGGCUACAAAAGAGGAUUUGAUCAGUGCAAAUCCCCAAAAGAUUGGUCAGUCAUCAAUUAUGACUAUCACUCUGGAGGAUGACCUAAUCUACAAAAUAAAGCACAACAACUCAUACAACAAGCUAUUGAGAAUAGUAGCUUACAUGAUGCGUUUUCGAGGAAAGAAAACGCACAAUUCAAUUCAAUGAGAUGAAAGAAGCUCAGAAAAUUGUCAUUCGUUACAUACAACAGAAUGACUUCAAAGAAGACAUACGUCACUUAACAAAACAUAAGGAAACACAAAAGGGAAGUUCGAUUAACUCUCUAACACCAUUCAUGGAUCAGGAGGGAAUCUUACGAGUAGGUGGUCGACUGGAAGCGGCAAACAUUUCAUUUGACGCCAAACACCCAAUGCUCCUGCCCUACAACGAUCCAAUUGUGAAGUUGAUCCUUGGUAAGAUACACAAGGAAAACAUGCAUUGCGGCCCCCAGGCAUUGCUGACAGCAUCACGACAACAGUACUGGAUACUCAAAGGAAAAAACAUGGCCAGAAGUAUUGUGCAGAACUGCGUGAAAUGCACUAGAGCCAAGCCUAAACUACUAGAACAAAUCAUGGGAAAUCUGCCACCUCUUCGAGUCACCCAAGCACGGCCAUUCCUCAA